ACUCGUACAUUACCGCCGGUUUCGAUUACAAUACGUAUGUACCGCGCGCUUAUGUGACAUGAUACCAGAAGCGAAAGUGUUUGCAUUCUUUAUUUAAAAAAGGAAUGAAUAUAUAUUAUUUUAAAUAUAGAAUUAAUGUGCAAUUUUUGAUAAAUUAAAACCAAAAAUAUACGAUUUUAAAUAGAGAAUCAGUGUUCGAUUAUUAAAAAAAAUACAAUAAUAGUUUCUUAAUAUUUUUUUUAUGAAGUUGUUGUUGAAAGUGCUUUUGGUUGACAGUAUUUAAUAUUAUAAAAAAAUGGCAGAUAUUGGAAAAAAUAGUGAAGAUGCGUCCACUAAGAAAAGAGAUCCAAUGGAAAUUAUCGAAGAAGCACUGGUCCUAUGCAAAUUUGGAAAAUUCCAUCUUCUCCUUCUAUUCGCGUCAAUGACUGGAGUGUUUGCUUCGACUACAGCCACAACUACUUCGUCGUAUAUUUUGCCGAGUGCAGAAUGUGACCUACAUAUGACAAUAAUGCAGAAGGGACUAUUAAAUGCCAUACCAUUUGUUGGUCAAGUGGGUGCGGCAUUAUUCACGGGUUUCCUAACGGACGCGUUCGGCAGAAGAAUAUUUCUCGUGAGCGGAUAUUUCGGGAUGUUUGUGUGUUCAAUACUCGAAGGGACGAGCCAGAGUUAUUUAGUAUUGUUAUUAGUUAAACUAAUAGAAGGCAUUUUUUUAAGUAUAAGCUUCAGUGCAACGUCAGUAAUGAUCUCAGAAUAUACUCAUAAAAACGUAAGAGAUAGAGUGAUGAUGUGUUACGCUGGUUUCAUGUCAAUUUCUUUAAUAGUUAUGGCUUUAAUGUCAUGGGCGAUACUGCCACAACCAUGGGAUUUUGUUCUUUUGGAAGAUCGUUUUGUUUUCCACUCAUGGAAUAUUUAUUUUUUCAUAUGCUCCAUUUGGAGUUUGUUGGCUGGUAUAAGUUAUUACUGGUUACCGGAAAGUCCGAAAUUUCUGUUGAGUCAUGGACGAGAAAAUGAAGCUCUAGAAAUAUUACAAAAAAUCUACAGCAUAAAUAAUGGAGUUCCAAAAGAAUCGUUUCCUAUUUUAUCAUUGAACUCUAAAGGUGAAUAUAUACCGACAGUUACACAUAGCUUCAAAAAACAAAUAGUAAAUGGGCUAAUUGAAGUGAAGAAUUUAUUCAGAAAACCUUUACUUAUGCGACUAAUACUUUUUUGUGUUAUGACAUUCGUAUGUUUGUUGGCUUAUACCGCAUUAAGGUUAUGGUACCCUCAACUAUCGACAAUAGUUGAAAACUAUCAGAAAAUACACAAUGAAACUGAACAGUUCUGUACUAUGCUGAACGAAUACACAACAGAGUUGGCUAGAAAAGUUUCUCAAAUUAAUAUUAAUGUUUCUGAACCUCAAGAGUGUAUACCGCAAGUAAGUGGAGCUGAGACGUAUAUAAACGGGAUAAUUUUAGGUGUCGUCUCACUCAGCUGUAUAGCCACGAGCGGUUACUUGGUAGCAUUCUUUGGUCAGAAACCACUAAUGAUAGUUCUCUUGAUACUGAGUGCAACGUGCUCGGGAUGUCUCUAUUGGACGUAUUCAUCAAUACAAAUAGCUAUAUUGGUAUCAGCUACAUGUGGAUUUAUGCAGACAGCACUGAGUCUUCAGCAGAGUAUACUUGUUAGAGUAUUCCCAACUACAUUGAGAGGGUUGACAACAUCAAUUAUUCUAAUGGUCGGUAGAUCUGGGUCACUAUUAGGAAAUGUGUUAUUCCCAGUUUUUUUGGAAAUUGGAUGCAUGGCGCCGUUUUUAGUAUUAUCUGUGAUCACUUUAUGUGUUGCAGGUUUAGUUUGUUUUCUACCUAAUCCACAGAAGGAAAACGAAGCGGGCGAUAAAUAAAUUACUAUAUUCUAAGACUGCUUCAUUAUUUAGCACCUAUUUCCUUAAGUGUUCCCGUAAUACUUUUCUUCGAACUUGUUUUAACUUGUUCACUUAGUAAUUUAAUAUGUUAAAAGCAAGAUUAAUGUGAAUACUUAAUGGACACUAACGUGAUUCUGUUGGAAUAAUAUAAUAUUCACACUUAUAGCGACUUCGUGACAAAACUAAUAUAAAGUUAAUACGAGAUCAAACUAUUUAUUGGUAAUUGUUUACAUUGCAAGUCUACAAAAAUAACACUUCUUAUUACAAUCCUGUGGUAAGGAUGUGUCGUCAUUAUAACGACUUACUGCUCGACCACAAAUCCAUCGACAUAUUCAGUACAAAAUAUUUGAUAUUUAGGAAGAACUUGUUUUCUAUUUUGUAGAAUACGAUUGAAAAUAUGUUUUUUUUUAUACAGUUUUAUUUUUUAUAUAUUUAUAUAACAUUUUAAGUAUUUCUUUUUAUAUUAUGUGUUUGCUUUUAAUGAAUUACUCAAGCUGUGCACAUGAUGUAAUUGGAUAAUUUAACCUAGCCGAAUCACAAAUGUAAUUAUUACUUAAGUUUUUUAAGGUUGUGAUCGGUUUUAUGUGCCAAUAAAAUAAAAUAAAAUAAAUAAAUCGAUUGAAUCGAUAUAUCAAUAUUUAUAGUACUUAGAUGUAAGGUGUAAUUGUUGUUGCCAAUAAAUGAUUUAAUUUAUAAUUUAAAAAAAGAAUUAUCAAAAUUAUUGAAAAUAUCUCGUACGAGUAACAUAAAGUCAAAUAAUGUAAAAUAGUGACUAAUAAAAAAAAUGUUUUUUUCAAUUGUGGUUAGUU